AUGGUAAUAUUAGGAGAUGAAAAAGAAUCAUAUACGAGUUAUUGCCAUAAAAAUAAUGAUAUUUUAAUUAGUAAACAAAAAAUUGAAGACUUGAAGAAGAGUAUAGAAAAUUUAUUGAAUGAUAAAAAUUCACAUAAUGAACUGAAUCACAUAAAACGUUCGUUGAAUGAAUUAGAUAUUUAUACAAAAAAUAAAAAUGAUAUUUUUAAUAAUUAUAAUAUAAACGAAAAUUUAAAUGACAGUUAUAAGGAAAAAACGUUUGAAGAAUUAAAGAGUCAAUUGAUAAAACAAAAAAAUUUGAAUUCUUGUCUAUCAUUAAAAUUAAAAAGUAUACACAUAAAAUUGAAUAGCCUUUUUCUGAAAAAAAAUGAGUUCGAAAAAAGUAUCAAUAAUAAAAUUAAAGAGAUAGAAUUACAAUUUCUUAUAAUUCAAAAUGCUAAUCACGAAAAUAAAGGAGAAACAAUAUGGACAGACUUAAAAGAACGAGAAAAGCAUCUACAAAAUUCUGAUGAGAAUGUUGCCAUAUAUAAUAAACAUGAAAUAGAAAAUAAUGAUAAAAACAAAUUGUAUAAUAAUUUUCAAAAUGAGGAAAAGGAUCAUUUAAAAAUGCUUCUAGAAGAAUAUUCUAAAACUCUUGAAGUUUAUAAGAUGGGAAAAAUACAAUUGGAAUUUGAAUUAAAAUGUUGUAAAGAAAAAUUAAAUGAAGAAAUUGAAAAGAAUAAUAACUACAAUAAUAAAAUGAAAAGUUAUGAAAUACAUAUGGAUGUUGUUAAAAAUGAAAAUUGUAAAAAUUUAGAAGAAUUAAACGAUUUAAAAUUACAAUUAGAAAAAACUAAAAGUGAAAAUAAUCAAAAUUAUGUAAAAAAUAAAAUCUUAAAUGAUGAAAAAAAUAAUUUAGACAAAAUUAAUAAUGACCUAAAAAUUAAAAUAAAAAAUUUCAAAACAUUAUUAAAUGAUGCACAAAGUAAAGAAUAUAUAUUAAACAAUUUUACUCAAAAAAUAUUUAAUAUUAUAACCUAUUUAAAGAAUAAUGAUCAACAUAACUUUUUAAAUGAUAAAAUACAUAACAAAUUUGAUAUAAAUCAUGAUCAAAUAUAUGUUCAAACCGAAUUAUAUAUUGACAUCAUUUCUUCAUCCAUAAGAAAUCUAAUCAAUAUAAAGAAAACUCUUGAGGAAAGAAAUGUAGAGCUGGAAAAGGUCACACAUGAAAUCAAUGAACUAAGAAAAGAGCUAAUAUUAAAAAAGAAGAACUAUGAAGAGCUGCGAUUAAAAGUGAAUCAUUUAGAGGGUGUGGAGAGGGACAGUGUGAAAAUAAACAGUGAGAAGGAAAAGGGGGAGAAGGUGAUAUAUGAGUUGCAAGAAAAGUUAGAUUAUGAAGAGAAGAUAAUAAAUGAUUUAAAGAAAAAGAAUAGUUAUCAUGUAUAUAAGAUGAAAGAUUAUGAGAAACGAGAGAAUAACUUGAUUAAUGAAAUAAAUAAGUUGAAGCUUUUUAUUGAAGAAAAUAAGAUGACAGUUGAGAGAGGAAAUGAGAUGAAUAAUAAAAAAUUAGAAGAAAUGAAGAAAAAAAAUAAAGAGUUAAUAAAUAAUUUGAAUGAUAUAAGUAAUGAAUUAAAGAAUUGUAUAGAUCAAGUAAAUUCAGUUAGUAGAAAUAUGGAUAAUGUAGAAAAAGAAAAAGAAAAUAUAAUAAAUGAAUUACAUAUAUUAAGAAUGAAAAAUGAUACAAUGAGAAAAAGAAUAGGAAAGCAUGAAGAGCAAGAAAAAGUAUUAAAAUUUAAAUUAUAUACAUUAAAUAAUAAUAUAACUGAAAAAAAUGAAAAAUUAAAUGAUAUGAAUAAGAAAUUAAAUGAUGUUAAUGAUAAAUAUAAACAUAUUGUUGAAUGUUUAAAUAAUUAUAAAAUUGAAUAUAAAGAAGAAUUAGAAAAAAAAAUUGAAAGAAUAAAUACCUUAAAACAGAAUUGUUAUUAUUUAAAAAAAGAAUAUGAUUUAAAAAAUAAAGAGUUGGAAAAAAAUAUAGAACAUAUGAAAAAAUUAGAAGAUAAAUUAUCACUUAGUUAUGAAGAAAAUCAAAAAUUGAAUGAAGAGAUAAAAAGACGUAAUUCUUUUAUAAAAAAUAAAGAUAGAAAAAUAGAUAUCUUAACAAAUAUUGAAAAUGAGUUAUUAAAAAAAAAAGAAAUAAAUAAUAUUAAAUUAAUAGAGAAGCAAAAUGAAAUUAAAAACAAUGAACAAUUAUUAAAAGGUAUAAAAGACGAAAAUGAAAAAAUAAAUGAACAUGUAAAAAAAUUACAAAAUGAGCUAAUAAAAAGAGAGUUACAAAAUAAAAGUAUAUUGAAAGAUUUAGAAUUUUGUAAAAAAGAAAAAGAAGAUAAAAUCAAGAAUUUAGAAUUGGAUUUAUUAGAAAAAAAAAAAUAUAUUGAAAGUUUGAAAGAUGAAUUAAUAAAUAUAAAAAAAAAAAUGGAAGAUAAAUUGGACAGGUGUGGUGAAAUGGAUUUAUUAAAUAACAAAAUUGAAGAAUUAAAUAAAAUCAAGAAAACAUAUGAAAACAACAUUAUAGAAUUGAAUAAUCAACUAGAUGUUAUAAAAAAAAAAUUAAAUGAUGAAGAAUUAUUAAAAGAAGAAGAAAAGAAGAAAAAUAUUGAUAUGGUUUAUAAAAUAAAAGAAUAUGAAAUACAAAUUAAAGAAAAAGAAAAUGAAAUUGACUGUUUAAAAAAAAAUGAACAAAAUUUACAAGUAUUAAAAAAUGAAGAAUUAAAUGAAAAAGAGCUAAUGUUGAAAACUAAAUUUGAUAAAGAUAUAAAUAUAAUAAUGGAAGAAUAUAACAAAAAGAUGCAAGAAGAAAAGGAUAUAUUGAAUAAUAAAAUAAAGAAUAUGGAUCAGACGCAUAAAAAUUAUAUUGAACAAAUACAAGAAGAAAAUAAGAAGGAACUUAUGAAAAUGAAAAAUGUAUGUGAUAUGAAUAUACAAUCACAAAUGUUAAUAAAAGAAAAUGAAAAACAUAUGCAACAAAAAGUAGAAGAAUAUAAAAAUUUAUUAAAACAAAAAGAUCAAGAACUUAAAAAUAUCAUACAAGAAUAUGAUGAAAGAAUAGAAAUACAAAAUAAGGAAAUGGAAGAUAUCAUAAAUGAUUGUGAAGAAAAGUUGAAACAAGCUAAAAUAAACAAUAAAAAAUUAACUAAUGCAACCAAUGUGGCAAAUAAUAAUAAUAUUUUGAUGGAUGAAAAUUUAAAAGAAAAAGAUAAAAAAAUAAAUGAUUUGAUAAAAGAUAUGGAAAAGAAAAAAGAAGAAUUAAAUAAGCUGAUUGAAAUAAAAAACAAGUUGGAAGGUUCAAAUGUCAAAAUGAAAAAUGAAAUGUCUUUGUUAGUAGAAGAAAAUAAAAAGUUGAAGGAAGAAAUGGGUAUGUCUAGGAAUGCUAUAAAAGAUAUGGAAGAAAUCAAAAAGGAGAGGGAGAAAUGUGAGGAGGAAAUAAAAAAGGAGAAAGAAAAAUGUGAGGAGGAAAUCAAAAAGGAGAAGGAAAAAUGUGAGGAGGAAAUCAAAAAGGAGAAGGAAAAAUGUGAGGAGGAAAUAAAAAAGGAGAGGGAAAAAUGUGAGGAGGAAAUAAAAAAGGAGAGGGAAAAAUGUGAGGAGGAAAUAAAAAAGGAGAAGGAAAAAAUGCAGGAGGAAAAAAAAAAGGUGAAGGAAGAAAAAAAAAAAGUAGAGGAAAAAAAAAUUUAUAUGGAAAAUGAAAAGAAAAAGUUAGAGAAGCAAAAACACCAAUUUGAAGAAGAAAAAGAAAGAAUGGAAAUGUAUGUACCUCAAAAAGAGGAUAAGAAAAGAAAAGAGAAAAAGAAGAAAGGUCAUUCGAGUGAUAAAGAAGAAAAAGAUAAUAAGAAAGAAAGGACAAAAGAAAAAUCAUCAAAUAUAAUAUUUGAUGAAGAGUAUAUAAUACAAUUAGAAGAAUUACGUGACACUGGAGAAAAUUGUUUUAUAUAUUUAAAAUUAUUAAAUAAAGAGUUGGAUGUUAUUAUAAACAAAAUGAAAACAAAAGAUGAUGCCUUAUUAAAUGAUGCGUUUAAUAAAAUAAACUUGGCUAUAACAUCAUGGAAUAUAUUCAAUGAAGGAACUACAGUGGCAGAAAAUAAUACACAAGUAGAUAAUAAUAUAGGAGAAGAUAAUAAUAUAGAAGGAGAUAAUAAUACAAUGGAGGGAAAUAUAACUAUGGAUGAAAAUACGACAAUCGAAGAAAUGAAUGAUAAAGAAUUAUAUGAAACGUUUAGUGUUGAGACGUGUGACAUGCUCAAAAAGGAGGUUACUCAAAAGGUCGAAUGUAUAAAAAAAUUAAUUGGUUAA